AUGACCAAGCCUUCUCAGAUCCCUACACCGGCUCAUAUGCUCGCCGAAUCCAUGUUGUCGCGGCGCUUCGGUAAAGAGACGGUGAACUAUUUCUCCAGCUCUCCAAUCAACCGACUGUCAUUCUUGCGCGGUGAUCACCCGUUUCUUUCUUCGGCCCUGAAGCAUCCUUCCACCAAGUUCCUACUUCUGAACAGCCUUGCUCCCCUUACCCAGUCCCCGGCAGAGUUAUACUAUGCGAAAUACGACGAAGUGCGCGGUCUUGUCCCUCAAGAUUUCUUCGACCAAUCUGAAGAAGAGAUGAUCAAGGGGUUCGAUUCUCGAAAGACCUCCGCAAAUCUUAUUUUCCUAGGAUUGGAUGAGAGUCGCAAGGAAGGUAGCUUGACGCACAAGAUCUAUUCGGGGGUUCCAUUUUUUGCUUUGGAUGUGACUCCCAAGGGCUCUGAGGCGCAACAGACUGCGGCAAAGAAUAUUAUUCGCACUAUGGAGGAGAAGGGCUUAUCCUUCUUCCAAACCAGAGUUGUCACUACUUUUACCCCCGAUGAAGCUGCAAUCUAUGCCCAAGCUCGUGCGUUGGUUGAUUGGAAUACCCGUAAUACCUUCUGCGGUACAUGUGGACAUCGCACACUAGGUGUGAAUGCCGGCACGAAGCGUGCAUGCCCGCCGACUGAUGCUGCGCGAACUGCAGAGGGCCAGUCAGAGGAUCGUCCGGAGUGUAAUACCCGCACCACGCUCUCAAAUCUCUCUUUCCCCCGCACCGAUCCAACAAUCAUUGUGGCUGUGGUGUCGGCAGAUGGCAAGCGAAUUUUAUUGGGUCGUGGCAAGCGCUUUCCUCCCAAGUGGUACUCAACUUUGGCUGGUUUUAUUGAGCCGGCCGAGUCUAUUGAGGAUGCGGUGCGACGAGAGGUGUGGGAGGAAGCGGGUGUGACCUUGUCUCGUGUUGUUAUCCACUCAUCUCAGCCUUGGCCGUAUCCUGCGAAUUUGAUGAUUGGCGCAAUUGCGCAGGUGAGCGAUCCAGCGCACGAGAAGAUCAACCUCGAGCAUGAUCCUGAGCUGGAGGAUGCACGUUGGUUUGAUAUUGAGGAAGUUGAAGAGGCUUUGCGCAUUGGCACCAGUGAUUUGAGUGCUAGUGCUGGCGCCGAGUAUAAAGGCGGAUUGCGAUUGCCUCCCGAGACCGCAAUUGCGAACCAGUUGAUUCGUUGCGCAGUCAAUGCUGAUUAUUUCCAGGCGGAGAGGUCAAGGAUGUGA